GAGGUGGUGGUACCCCAUCGACUGUGCAUUUAAAUCUGUUUAUUUGCGUUUUAAUCUGAGAUAGACACCAGGAAGUGUAGGACAAGUUCGGAUAGAAAUCAACAUGGCAGAGAGGAGUACGCUAGUCAAUCCAGGGUUUCGGCCCUACCAGAAAGGAUUGGAUGAACACUCGCAGCCUUCAAGUUUCCCGGAUCAGACACCGGCGUCCUAUCGAGUUCUACCUAAUGGUGAAAUUCGUCGUGAACAGACGGACUUGAAACCGAGUGACAGGCAUAAUCAACAAAUGCUCUCACAAAAUCGCGACAUAAGAGGAACACGUGUGCUGCCUUCCCAACAUUCAGAGUCAAAACUGUCACAGUCACAGACACCGGCGUCCUAUCGAGUUCUACCUAAUGGUGAAAUUCGUCGUGAACAGACGGACUUGAAACCGAGUGACAGGCAUAAUCAACAAAUGCUCUCACAAAAUCGCGACAUAAGAGGAACACGUGUGCUGCCUUCCCCACAUUCAGAGCCACAACUUUCACAGUCACAGAAACCUGCCGUCUACCGAGUCCUCCCUGACGGUAAAACAGUUCGAGAACAGUCGGGCCAAAACAAUACACAGUACAAGCAAGAACCCAGUUCUGUUACACAGAACCAAGAUGGCGUUCAUCUGUCGAAAACGCGCGUGUUCCCGCACGGGAGUGACAUAAGAGGAACACGUGUCAUGGACGAGUCGCAUUCAGAUCCGACCAAAGGUCAAGGACAGAGGCAUGUAACUUACCGACUCCGACCUGACGGUAGUACGUAUCGUGAAGAACUGGACGACAACAAAGAAAACUACCAACAAGCUCCUCUAGUACCACGCAACGGAGAACCGGACAUAAGAGCAACACAUGCCAUUCAUCACGCAGAACCAAUCAAAUCAUUGGCUAAGGAAGACUCAAUAGGCGACAACGGACCAGCGUCAAGCCGGAGGUUCAGCAGCAUUGGCGAAAGUGGAAUUCACAGAUGGGCAAUGUUUAGACUUUGGGUAAACCGGGAAAUUUCCAAAGAAGUACGAAAUGAGGGGGACUUCAAAAGAGAAUUUAAAAAACGCUUAGACCUCCCUAUGGAUAGUAUGGUCACAUCAGUGUUAGUAGACCCAGCGAGUGACGUUAACGGCAAACGGCUCCAAAAACGAUAUGGUUCAAAAUCAGCUGGUGGUCAACGAUAUUAUAACAUUCUACCUGAAAAUAUCUACUUUGUAUUUGGAAUACCGAGGGCAAAGACAUCAAUCGACGCCAAUGUUUCUGAUUUCAUUGAGACCAUGUCAAACGCAGCAGCCAGAUCAGAUCCUGAUGCUUUGUCGACAAACGAUGCACUUUCUACCAAGGAUGACGCAGGGUUGACCGACAGAAACGACGACGUGAAAAAUGUGUUCGGCAAAAGUAGGGGAGAAACAAAUAACGAAGAAAAGUACAGAAGAUGGCAUGCUGGUGAUUUAAAGAAAAGUCGAAAUGUGCCUGAUGGCGAAAAAGGAGAAAAACAUUGGGAAAACAAGAAGCCAAACGAAUUGGAAAUUGACAACUUCGGUAAAAGUAGGAAAUGGUAUUCAGACGAGUACAACAAUGAUUCACCUAAACAAUCGGAAACAAACGACCGCAGGAAUUAUCAGGCCUGGGAUGACGAUAACGAUGGAGAUUACCGAAAGAAAGAAAAAGACGACAUCGGCAAGAGUCGCGCGGAAGAAUUUACCGACUUCGCAAAGUACCAUAUUGGCGAUUAUGAAAAGCCGAAUAAAAAAAGAAGAGACGAAAACACGGAGAACUUUUCAAAUACAAAGACAGCAAGCGAAAAUCUGUAUGCAACACAUGUGAACUACUGAUACCAAAUAUCGAACAAAAGCAUGUCCCUUCAUCCAAUCGCAACAUCUCGAGAAAGUUUUCCGGCGAAUUCCGAAGAUUGCUGGAAAUAUCCCCGAGAUGUUACGAUUGUCCCUUCAUCAAGAUAUAUGUUUCCGUUUUCUGUUCGUAUAGAUUCAAUAUCGCGUCAUUUCUUCUCUCAUAUCCGGAAACUUGAAAAAUUCGGAUUCUUGGAAAGAUUGAUUUUGACUACAAGGAAAACAAAUUGCCAUGAUUGCAAUUUCCGGUGCUAAAAUGACGAUGUGUUCAUAUACAUAAUCGGUGUACACUUUCCAAGAGAGUGUUUGAAAUACUCGUGGAAAAGAGCAGGAAACGUCCAGAAUAUAGACCGUGACAGCUGUACUGCCGGGUAGGUGGGCGUUAAUCAGACUAAUCAGGACAAAUACAGAAAUAUAUUGGAAUUAAAAUUUGUCGGUGAACGACGCUACGAUUGUCUGUAAUGCAGCGGUAAGGCAGUUCACCGGAGAGUCCAACGAGUAAACCGCUGUAUGAUGCAAUGUAAUUAUAUACUAAUUACUAAUAUUUCACGUGUUGAUUAUUUAUAUGUCUUUAAUACAAUUUUGUUUUUGAAUAAAAGCGAAGAUAUCUUCUGUAAUAUCAAAAGCAUAACGAGCUCACAUGUUGUACAUGCGAGUGGCACUGUGGUAACACACUUGUCUUUCACCUAGGCGGCCGGAGUUCGAUUCCACGAUCGGACGUGAAAAUACAUAGGGUCACCUGCUCUACCACUGGGUUUUGUCUGGGUACUCCGGUGUACUCUUACAGUAAGACAACAACGCGCACUUCCAUCCUGGCCAGCAAAUGUUUCGCAAUUUUACAUUUAUGCAUUACAAAUGUAUGUGAUAGUUUUAGCUUGUUGUUAUCGGUUUGAUGGUGGAUAUUGGUUAACUAUGUACAAUAUGCGACAAGAUACAUGUACAUUAUACUUAAAUACAUAUAUAUCUUAAUUAGAAUUGGAUAUUCUGUAUAAAUGUUUUCUACGACAAAUAUUGAAAUAUUUUUACUAAAAAUGACUCAAAAAGGCCGGUAUUUGCCGAUGUAUCUAUUACUUAUAAAUUGUGUAUAUUAUGUACGUUAAUGUUGAUAUUAAAAAGAUAUCCAAUUAAAAUCAUGUGUAUUUUAAGAUAAGAAAAGUUCACAUUUUA